UACUUCCAGUGUCCCGUGACUUUCGCAGGCAGCGGAGCUACAGCCGAAUCUCUUUCAGCGCCACUCGGCAGCCGCAGUGAGAUUCUCCCUUCUUGUUCCUGUAGUUCACCGACAACAUGCCCGAGGGUCUGAUCACAUCCAGAACAAUCCAGAAUGCGACUACUGGGAUAGACCUGUCAGUCCCAGAGUACCAGGAGAUCCAUGGGAAAAUGAUGUCUGGCCAUGUGGAGUAUCAGAUUGUUGUUGUCACCCACCUGGCCUCCUUCAAGAGCACAAAGCACAAGCCUAAAGAUGUUAUCCAGUUUGUGGUAUCAAAGAAAUACAGUGACAUUGAUGAGUUGUGUCAGAAGCUGAGCACCCAGUACCCAAAGGCAAAAAUACCUUCCAUGCCUAGGAAAGUUUUAUUUGUAGCAGAGACUGACAUAAAAGAAAGAAGAGUUGUUUUUGAUGAAAUCUUCAGAAGUAUUGCCAAGGACACAGUGUUAGCAUCAAGUCCUGAGUUGUUGGAGUUUUUAGGAGGAAAAACUAAAGAGCUUGGUGAUCUAAAAUACAAAACUGGAAGUGCUGCUGAUGAUUUGAAAGAUGAUGAUGGUGACUCAGGGGAUUUCUUCGGUCAAGAAACUUCUAAAGACACCGAGAUUUUAAGAGAAUCAAAAACAAUUCUGCCAAGUAUAGAGAAAUGUGAAGAAAUAUCUGAUCCUCUGGGUGUUACUCGGUAUAAAGUGAAGAGCACUGAGCCUUCUCAGCAGAAGACAAAACACAAGUUUACUCUCUUUGAGGAGGUGGAUGCUGAUGCUGGACUUUUUGAACCAGUUAAAGGUUCAUCCACAACAGCUAUGAAGAAAUCCCCUUUUCGAGAAGCUGAUUGCAGGUUGUUUGAGGACCCCGACUUGGGCGGAUCUGUCCGAAGCAAUGACCCAUUAUUAAUUCCAUCUAACUGUGAGCUUAAAGGUGAUGCCAUAACUGUAAAACUUGAUGAAGACACCGAAGAAUUGUUGAGAGUUGAAGAUGACCUGGAUAAAAUACUGAACUUAAGCUCCAGUAAUAAGGCAAAACCAGCCAAGCCGACUGUACCAGCCAAGCCGACUGUACCAGCCAAACCAGCUGUACCAGCCAAGCCAGCUGUGCCAGCCAAGCCGACUGUGCCCGUGAAACCUGCCUGCCCCUCUGAAAUGAGGAGGAACAGUCCUGCAGCAGAAUCCAGUUCCUCGAAAAGCACAGUGGCUGCCAUGAAUGAACUAGAUAUUCUGAAAUACAUUCAGGAGAAUGAGGCAUCGAGUACUGACUCACCAGAUCUGUUUUGAACAAAAUAUCUUUCAAUAAUGUAUCAAUUAUUUUUGGAAUAACCUGGAUAUCUACAUGUACUUAAAAUAUAUUAAAAGUACUUUCAAUGAUACCUUAUUGCAUUUAUGUGCGCAAAUAAAAAAAUGUGUAAGUGAAGAUUGUGAUUUCCCUUUGACGCAAACAUUCUUGAAAUCCAGAAACCUCUAAAUCAAAAGAACAAAAAGGGAUAUUUUGAUUCCUUCACGUAUGAAGGAGCUAACUCACCAAGUCCCUGCGUCAAAACAAAAAUCACAAUCAAUAUAUCUGUAGCACACACAAAUGCGCGAGGAAAUCAGCGAGCCAGGCAGCAUCUGUGGAAAAGGGUAAACAGUUGAUGUUGUGGGCCGAGACUCUUCAUCAGGACUGGGGAGAAAAGAUGAGAAGUCAGAGCAAGAAGGUUGGGGAGGGGAGGAAGAAGUCCAAAGUGGUAGAUGAUGGCUGAAACUGGGAGGGGGAGGGGUGAAGUAAAGAGCUGGGAAGUUGAUUGGAGAAAGAAAUAACAGACUGGAGAAAGGGAAUCUGACAGGAGAAGACAGAAGACCAAGCAAGAAAGGGAAGGGGGAGGAGCACUGGAGGGAGGUGACGGACAGGUAAGGAGAUGAGGUAAGAGAGGGAAACUGGAAUGGGGGAAUGAGGUGAGCAAUCACUGAGAUCGAUGUUCAUGACAUCAAGCUUCUCAACAUAUCUUUUUUUCAGUUCAUAGACAUGGUUGGUGAGUACUGAAAAUAUUUAACACUUUUUAUGUUGGCUGUAGAUGUCGUUUGUAUUAGGGAGAGGAUAGACCUGGAUUGCAAAUAAAAUGGAAGAAUAUCAUGUUCCAUGUGUAGGAAAUCUUAGGAAUGGAGUAUUCCAAUUAUCAAGGUCAUCCAAUGCUAUAUUCAUUAUUGCAAGUAGGAAUUCCCAAAUGCCAUGAUUCUUUGGAAAUGAAACCCUUUCCACCAUUGCAGAUCGGGUGAUACCAGGACAUUUUUACAGUUAAGUGCCUUAUUUUCUUACAGAUCAUUGACACUGGCAUACUUAUGCCAGUUCCUGUGUUAUUAAAUUAAUGCCUUAUACCCCAAACACAUGUACAUAAAGAUGCUGAGCGUCUUUUGAAAGAGAGACACCAUUAAUGAUUAUAUCGAAGACCCUUCAUCAGCACUCUUUAGAUUUUCCUUGAUUAGAGAUUUGUUUUCAUUUAGUUAUUGGGUGCAAUUGCAUAAACGUAUGAUUUUGGAUUAAAGUGUUUUUGUAUUAUUUCCACAAACCAGUUUCUUUAAUUUGACAUGGAUCAAAUUCUGUCCUAGGUAUUCUUCCAAUAAGGGUUGUCAAGGUUAGAGGCACUUAGGCGUAGAGCAGAACUUUAGUAGACCACAUUGGUUUCCAUCCCUCUUGGUAUCAUCUUUACCUCUGAGUAUGAAUCUCAGGAAUAUAAAAAAUAUUGAAAACCUGACUCAAAUUAUCUCCUUGCCCCCCAAACCCUAAAAAUACUUGCAAUUUUUAUUUCCAGUGACUUCGCAUAUUUCUUCCCACUCAACUCCCCUUAGAAUGUAUAUGUUGACAACCUGUUUAACUUUUCACAGCUGUAAGAACUGUGGAAAUGCUGUAAUGAACUUAAAAAGGCUAUUCUGUUCAAGAUGUUAUUACCUGCACCAGUUUUAUUAAAAUCUGGACGUGACAGCUUUGGGGAUGGAACCAGUCUGAGGCUCCAUGAAGGACUAGAAGAAAUAUAUUUACUGCAAUAAAUGGUCUUUAGGUUGUAUACCACUAUGCUGUCUUUAAUCACCAAAAUGUAUUUCUGCCCAUGGUAUGUGGUGUUUAUUGUAAUAUAGUUUCAACUGUGAAAUGAUAACGGUAAUUCUACAAACUUGGUACAGUAAUGUGA